AUGCUUCCUCUUGCCUCCCUGCAUCCCCCCCCUUGGCUCCUCCCCCUCGAUGAGAUCACAGUCCAAGAGGAGCAGCGGCAGCACGAGUGCCGGAGAAUGAGUCCUUCAUGGCUAUUAGUGGCGAUGGUGGUGGGCGGAGCUACAGGAGCUGUCAGUCAAUGCUGGGACCAUCCGAGCUGCAGAGACCUCGAGCUCGACUCAGACCUGGAGGAAUGCCUCCAGUUGUGUCGCUCUGAUUUGUCGGCUGAAACGCCCGUCAUCCCAGGCCCGGCCCACUUGCAGACCCAGUCCAUCUCUCUCUCAGACCCCGCCCCCUUGCUGGAUGACUCCGCCCUCUUCCUGGAUGACUCCGCCUCUCAGGCCAAAAGAUCGUACUCCAUGGAACAUUUCCGCUGGGGAAAACCAGUGGGACGCAAGCGCAGACCGGUCAAAGUGUACACCAACGGUGUAGAGGAAGACUCGGCAGAGGUCUUCCCCGGUGAGAUCAGGCGCUCGGUGGCGGCGGAGGCGGGGCCAAAGGCAGAGGGGGCGGGCCUUAAUGCGGUGCUGCAGCAGAAGAAGAACAGUCCGUACAAAAUGAAGCACUUCCGCUGGAGUGGUCCUCCAGAGGCCAAACGCUACGGAGGCUUCAUGAAGAGCUGGGACGAGAGAGACCAGAAACCUCUGCUCACACUGUUCAAGAACGUCAUCAGCAAGAACACCCAGCUGGAGGGGUGA